UUCUCUCAGCCCCAUCCUAAUAGACAGCCGCUAACGCCGCGCCACACACUCUCUCACAGAACAGGGAGAAGGAGUUUUGGCCGCUGCCGGCUACUGUAGAUUGUACGCGUUUCCUAGCAACGGGGGUUUGGGCGUGCGGACUGCGGGGCAACAUGGCUGAAGAUGAUCUGGAUCAGCUCCUGGAUGAGGUGGAACACAAAUACUGCGCACCGAGGGUCCCUUCAGUGUCCAGCCGAGGGAAGGGCGCAGGCGGCGCUGAGCGCAGAAGAAGGGAAAAUGCACCAGUGAAAGCUUCAACAGGAGGUGACAGCCUUGAUGACUUAAUUGAGGAUAUACUUGAUAUUUCCUGCCAUGAUAAGAACACGACUCAAAAGCCAAGACCACAAAACCAACCAGCAUGCAGAUCGUCAUAUCAAAUGCACUCAAAAAAAUGUGGCCCUGUAUAUGUUGCUGGAAGCAGUGUUCCAUUUGGAAUUGGUACAAGUAUAUCGGAAAGGGCUUGCGACCAACUGCGCUGCACCGCCUGUGACUUUAAUGUAAUGGUAUUUGAUAACAGCCAGUGGGAUGCGUCGUGCGACUACCUCUUUUUCAGGAAUAGCAUGCCUGACCUCAGCAAGUUGCGGCCUAAGUUGAUAAGGAAGAAGGGGUCCCGAGCCUAUGCGUGUCAGUGCAGCUGGAGAUCCGUGCAGGAGCUAACAAACAUCACAGUAUACCCACAGCUCCGCUGGGUGUGUGGCAAACACUCGCAAUGAUUGUGGCUUUCUCAGAGACACUGGCUGUGUGAUGGAAUGUGUUAGCUGUGUAUAUAUCCCCUCCGAAACCCCUGUAUGUUGCUCAACCAGAUGUGGUUUCACAGUUCCAAUGAAAAGAAAAGGGGUGUUAUGUUAGCACAUUAGCACGAAGCAGCUGCAAAGAGUUUGCUCCUGGUCUUUGCUCAUGUUUUUAUGUUACAUGGUGAUGUGGUGCUAGAGUAUUAAAGGAGAACUAAAGUUUCAAAAAUAAUAUGGCUGGAAUUGCUGUAUUUUAUCAACUGAACCUACUGUACCAGCCCAGAGGUUUUGCAGCCCUGUAACAGUAAUGACCCAUGCCUACAAAAUUAUCCAUGGGAGCUCGCCAUCUUGGAUCUUGUUAGACUGUGUGUUGCAUACCAGUGGCACUGCACACACUCACUGUGUUCUGUGCUGUUCUGAAGCCAAGCUUAGAGGGUCUUUGGAAACAAUCAGAAUCUUAGCAGAAAGUGAUAUUUCAUCUCUCACAGAAGCUGAUGCUACAGGGCUAAUGACCAAUUCAGAUGCAGACACACUGGUUUCAGUCCUGCCAUGUAAACUGAAUCUAAAUUCAUUAAAAAUCUGCCUCGUAUUGUGAA